GGAGCCUUUGCUGGCACGCAUCCACCAAGACCGCAAGCGCGUGGUAGUGCCCAAUAUCGUGGCCAUCGACAUCAAUGAGUUGGACUUCAUUGGUGGCUCCGCAUGGCCACCGGUGCGGGGCAUCUUCAAUUGGCGCUUGACCUUCAUUGGUGCCGCGGCUGACAUGGACCUGGACAUCUUGGAGAAGGACGUGGGCAGCAAGGCCUCCGUCUGGCGCUCCCCGGUCAUGCCGGGCGGGCUCUUCGCCAUGGACCGAGAGUAUUAUUGGGAGCUUGGGGGCUAUGACCCGGAGAUCCGCUACUAUGGUGCCGAGCAUGUAGAGAUGUCCUUCCGCAUCUGGAUGUGUGGCGGUACGCUGGAGGUCAUGCCAUGCUCCAAUAUCGGCCACAUUUAUCGCGAGUUCGACCGCUUUGGGGUCGAUCGCCAGCUGAAGAGUGACAUCGGGAAGAUCCUGGACCGCAACGACGCCCGUGUGGCGGAGGUCUGGAUGGAUGAUUACAAGGAGCUGAAAAAGUAUGUUAAAAGUCCAACAAAGAUCACAAAGACGACAAAUGUUCUUCAAGUAUCGGAAGCUCAAGAAGCAGGACCUGGGGCCGGGGCUGGAGAAGCGCGAGCAGCUGAAGGACAAGUUGCAAUGCAAAUCCUUCUCUUGGUUCUUAAAAGAAGUUUGUC